GUUUCAGAAAAUGAUAGGAUUCCUCAAACUUGUUGUCAUUGGCACUGUGUUUUUAGAAGUGGCUAAUGCAGCAUUUGCGGAGGAAGAAAUCCUUGUGUGUACUGAAGAAGAGUCACUUAGGUCACUUUUUUGUGCCAUGCGUAUUCCCCCUUUUAUCAACAAAACUGAACUACUCGACAUGAAUGACAAAAAGGAGGUAAAAGAAUUGAAGGAGGAGUGCCAUAACGUACUCAGUUGUUUCAACAAAAUCAAAUGUUUGGGCAAAAAUGGAGAUCAAAUACCGAAGCUUAGGGUUGUUGGAAAGUAUUGCAAAGCAUUGGACUACGUACACGAUAAUUUUGCCGAGUGUAGUGACAAAUUGAAUGCAAAGAAAUCAACAUGUUUUGAUGACUGGGACCCAAUUCCAAACAAAGUUCAUUUCGAAAAAGAUCCAAUAAAAAAAGAGCAGUUAAGAAGUGAGGCUUGCAAGAUAUAUUUUGGAAAAGACGACUGCAUGAUGAAGGAAAUUAAGGCAACAUGUGGACAACAAGAAUGGGACGCCUUCAGAGUGCAUUUCAUUAACAUCGCAGGAGGAUUUGUCGACACUUGUGACUUCAGCAGAUUGAAUUAAAUUUUAUGUGUUCUUUUUUUUAAUUAAAUGUUUCUGAAGUUCUCUUACCGGCUACUCCUGCAUUUUUGUCUUUACUGCAAAAUACCACUAUUAUGCUCCCAAGAUGGCCAAAUAUCCUAAUAAAACUUUUCGAACGUUCUUUUAAAAAAAA